UUUCACAAGUAAGUGAACAAUGGCUAAAAGGAUUCGAUGGCAAGAGACGAACAGUCGGGCCAACAAACACAUUACGGAGUUUGAAUGGACAUUGCACGAUUGGUCUCUGCUUUACGAUGGAAAAUAUAAAGAUGGAGUUCAUUCCCAAGAAUUUAAACUCGACGGUACCAAUGAAUAUAUGUGCAAGCUUUCGUUGGAGCCGACAAAAGGUCAUCCCUUGACUAUCACUUUCUCGAAUACCAUGGACAUUCUAACAAUGUGCGUGAAAAUUUCUAUAACCAAUAUGAAAACUGCAGAAUACGUUUACACAACGCCGUUUGAGAAAAAUUUUUUUUCUUAUUACUUUUACAAAUCAUUUGACAAAUACAAUAAAUUGUAUUUGUUCAACGACAAAGAGAGUGAGGAUGAUACACUUACUAUAUUGGUGCAAGUGACGAUCAUAAAAACCACUGACACCACUACGUCGACCAGCAUUGUGGCAAAGUCUUGCCCAGUCAGCAGUAAUCCUUCGACAAAUAUUUUAGCAAACUUCAAAUCACUGCUCGACCGCAAAACAUUGUCUGACAUUACUUUUGUGUUAGGAGAUAAAGAAUUAUUGGCCCACAAAGCAAUUCUUGCCGCACAAAGUAAAGUUUUUGAAAAAAUGUUUGUAACUGCGAUGAGAGAAAAAAAAGAAAAGCACAUUGAAAUCAACGAUACAGAGGUGGAGGUUUUUGAGAAAUUUCUUAAUUUUUUGUACACUGGGUCGUUGAAUGAUGUAGAAAAUAAUGUUGAGGAAAUGCUCAUGCUCGCAGAUUACUAUGAGGUUUCUGUUUUGAAAACUAUUUGUGAAAAUCUCAUGCUGGUCCAACUUUGUGAAGAAAAUGUUGUGAGAUACGUUAUCCUUGCUGACAGGCUUAACUGCGGUGAGCUCAAACAUGCAGCUCUUUCUUGGAUCCGAAAGAGUCCAACAAUAUUUGAAAAAACGUUCAGAGAGGAAAGUCAGGAAACGUUGAAAUGCUUGAAAGAGAUUUUAUCGAAUUAACUCUGUACAUGAUGCGAGAAAUGUUACAGAUUUUUUAAUACAAUUUCAGUUUAAACUUUGGUGCAUAUACAGUGCAGCAGCACGCAAGUCUUUCCAAAUUUUUUUAAUGACAUUGACGUAAAGCUGACACUCAAUUAUUAAAUAAUCUUUAAUUAACAUUUUACUUUACUGUCUCAUUUUUAUUUUGUAAUCGAAAAUGUAUUUUAUAUGCAGUAUAAAAAAAUACUUUACCUGCUAA